GAAAGCACGCAAGCGGAUUGGCGCAGCCUUGCCAUGGCGACCCCCUUGAUGUGCAAAAGGUGGGGCUCGGCCGAACUCGCCGAUCUCCCGGCGUCUGCGGUCAAUGAUGACUACUGCGAUUGUGUGGAUGGGUCGGACGAGCCGCUCACCGCAGCCUGUGGUAGUGGAAGCUUCCUUUGUGGCAACCAGGGCAGCAUUCCGCGGCUCAUCUCGAGCUCCUUUGUGCAUGACGGGGUGCGGGACUGCUGCGAUGCCUCUGACGAGGGCGAAGUGGGCCAAUGCCAAGAGGAGCUGUCUGAGGUGGCCCGGCGUGUGGCGGAUCAGCUCGCCACGGAGCAAAAAGGCAGUGAGCUGAAGGAAUCGGCGCUGCGGAAUAUUGCGAAACAGGCGGCCGUUACCCGGCAAGCGCUGGAGGCGGCGCAAGCAAAUGCCGCCCCCUACUUGGAGGCCAUGCAGAAGAUCAAGGAGAAGCUGACGGAGGUUGGCAAAAAGAGGCAGAGAGAGAAGCAAAGCAAGAGCCAGCCCAAGAUGGUUUCGGAAGCCGAGCUGUCAGGGCUCGGCCGCGUGAGGCUAAGGUGCUUCACGAAGGCUGGUCCCAAGGAUGUGGCCGUCAACUCUUCUUGCAUUGCGGCAGAGGAGUGCAGAUGGGUGUGCACCUUUCUUUGCAGUGACUCGCGCAAGUACAACGGGACUUGUGCCGUGGGCGAGGACGACCUGGUAUACUACGACUACGACCCAGAUGGGUUGAAGCACGAGGCCAUGAUGGCAGCUUAUGGCCAAGGCCGCGAGGGGGCCAUUGAAGCUGCGGCCAUUCCCCAUGUCCUGGCGGGCCCAGGCUGGACGGCCACAGACGCCAAGUGGCUUGACCUCCGACAGAAGAUGAGCCGAGUGCAGAAGAAGUCGGCCCAAGUUAUGGAAGAGCUGAGCAGGGUGAAGGUGGACUCUCAAAUGUUAAGCUUAAUUGAUGCGGGGCAGCUGGGACCUGCUGGGGUCUAUUAUGACUUGCAUGGCCAAUGCCUGAACUUGACGCAGGAGCAGUACGUGGGCACGACUGCUGUGCGAGAGCAGUGGCACACCUUUGUUUACAGCAUUUGCUUCUUCAAUCAUGCUACGCAGCAGGAGUUGAAGGAGGGUCCUGACGCGGCGGCAGCCUGCGAUGAGUCUGGCACUUGUUCAGAAGCCAAGCAGGAGGAGAGUCAAGUGAUCUUCCUGGGCCGGCCGACAGGUUUCAUGGCCUCAGGCAGCGACUUGAAGCGCUUCGGCCUGCAGAAUCUCUUCUUCGAGCCCUCGGAGCACACCUUGGUCUUCAGCCAAGGCGCCUCCUGCGGCGCUGUGCAGCGUGCGGUGGCGGUGGAGUUCCACUGCGGCCUGGAGCCCAAGCUGCUGAAAGUGGCGGAGGUGAAGACCUGCGCCUACGUGGCUUCUGUGCAGCACUUCGGCGCCUGCGACCUCCAGCCGUGGCCGCGGCCUCUGCGGUCGCUCCCGCUCGCGGGUCCGGAGGCGCAGGAGGCGGUGGCGGAGUGGCUGGCGCGGAAUGCGGAGCAGCUGACGCAGCAGGGCUUGCCCGACUGGGACCGGGUGCUGCACUCCGGGCGGUCCAUGCGGCAGUGGCUGCGCCAGACCCAGGGGGAGAGGGAGGCUUUGGUGACCUUUGAGGGCUUCAUCACGUCCAUGGCGUCCACUGGGCAGAUGAUGCGGGACGUGGGGUGGGGGGCCUGGAGGCCGCUGCAAAGGGCACUCCCCGAGCCGGCCCUGGUGCAGGAGUCUCUUGGGACGUUGCUUGGCACCAUGAAAUAUCCAGGCUUGCCAGAGACCUUAGCAACUCUUCAGGCAUACAUCGACCAAGUCCAGGCAUAUGGACGGCAUGCGGAUUGGAGGAGCAUAGGCAAGUACUUUGAGGGUCCACCACUUGCCUUUGUGGAGACCUUUGAGUUACAGAGACCGCAGGGCAGGCGCUUUGCCGUGCCAAGUGGUCGCCUAGACUUUGUUCUGUUCACCGCACACCUGCUGCUGGUGCAUUUGUUGCUUCUGCGAGCGGCUGGGUACUGUUUCAGGUUGCUCCGCUGCUUGCUAUGUAGGUUUUGCUGUCGGCGGGGAAAAGGGCCUGGGGCCAAGGAUCUGAAGCUGGCAAAUGACCGUGACUAG